AUGGAUAUGACUUCUGCAAAAUGCAAAAAAAGACUUCAAUGCGAGCAUCAACAACAUUUCUGUAGUAAUAAAAAAAGAAAGCUAACUACCUCUGAAGAAAAUAAUUUUAUCCUUGCCAAUAAAAAUGAUACAGUUGAAUCGUCUGCUACUAACCAUCAUUUAUAUGCAAAAUCAUCUACUACUAAUCAUCAUUUACAUGCAGAAAGAGAUACGGCAGCACCAUUAUACACUGUUAAAGGAAGAGAAGUUCUUGAUACAAGUCCAAAUUUUAU